GUUGAUAUGUGUAGCAUUAGUAUUAUUGCGACACCUUGACGUUAUGGAAUUUUCCUGAAAUUAAAUAAACGUAUCAUCGGUAAAUGAUUGUUACUACUAAAUAUGUUGCAUUACAAGUUUAAUUUUGAAAUUGAAAACAUUAAACAGCUACAUACGCAUCAGAAUUUGGAGUUGUAUAAAGACGAUGGGACUCGGAUUAAUUCUUAAGGAAAAUUAGAAGUACAUCAUUUUUAUCAGAUAAGUUCUAACAGUGCGGAAGAUUAAACAAUUCUCAGAGCAUGGGUGCAUACAAUACGUCCAAACGAUACAAAACAACAAACGAGGAACAGGAGCUACAACUGAUCAAGAUUUUUAUUUACAAUGGUUCUCUCUAACGCAUUUUCGAAGCUGUAAAUAUGAAUGAAAGGUACAUAACUAUGCACAACAUAUUAUAAUACAUGAUUUAAUAACGACUGUUACGUCUAAACUCUGAAAUAACUAUUAAUCCUUGUCUAUCAAUACUGAUUGGUGUAUUCAAUAACAAUGCCUUACUGCACAGUUUGUCAUGUAUCUGUAGAUAAUCGUCAGUGGUCUGGUCAUUUACGUAGUAAUGCACAUAAAAACAAUAGCAUAGCUCCUUUUAACAGUAAUGUAAAAAUAAUCAAGUCCUCGUUCAAAGGACGUAUUGUAAGUUAUAGGAUUAUUGCAACCGAGGAGUUAGUCCAUAAAUUACCAGAGAGUUUUUUAAAUAAAAUUCGAGAUCAAGUCAAGGAUCUGAUCGACCAGUCAUUAAAAAGACACACAUCUGUUAAAGUUAAUUUUGAAUUAUUUUUGAUAUUUCUUUUGUUUAAAAACGAUCACCAAGAAACUAAAUCAUUUGCUACAAAAAACUUUAUUAUUAAUUUUAAUUACGAUUUUGACACAAUUUUCAAAUUAGUUAUUUCAUUACUUCUCAAAAGAAUAGAAGAAUUUCAGGAAAGAGAUAGCGGAUGGACAUUUUUGAAUAACUCUUAUUUUGAAGUAAAUAUUAACAAAUAUCAGCCUCUCAGUGGAUCUAAAUUUAUUCCUUUACCAAGUUUUAUAAAAAAUAAAAAAGCUUGCUUGAAUAUUAAGAACAACGACAAGUACUGCUUUCUAUGGUGCGUGGUGGCAGGCUUGUAUCCUGCAACCCGACAUGCCGACAGAGUUUCAUCAUAUCCUCGUUUUCAGGAUGUUUUAAAUGUUAAUGAUUUGUCAUUUCCCAUCACGUUCACAGAUAUAGCUAAUUUUGAAAAAAAUAAUCGUAAUAUUAAUAUUUAUGUAUAUGGUUUGAAAAAUAAUAAAACCGUUGUAGGUCCAUUAUAUAAAACAAUUAAUAAAAAAUGUAGGAGCAUCCACUUAUUGUAUCUAGAAAAUGAUAGUAAUUCCCAUUACUGUCUUAUUAAGAAUUUACCCCGUUUAGUUCGAAGUCAAAUUUCUAAACAUCAUGGUAAAUUAUAUUAUUGUGAAUCUUGUUUAUUGUUUUUUCCUACUCUUAGUCAACUUGAAACACAUCUGUGUGGAGGGGUCGUUACUAUUUUGCCAGAUAGGGGAUCAGUACUAAAGUUUAAAAAUUUUCAAAGGAAACAAGACAUUCCAUUUGUAGUUUAUGCUGAUUUUGAAACACUCUUAAUACCGAUUUCCAGCGAUGAAUAUGAUACAGUUAACACAACAUAUACCCAGCGACACGCGCCGGCCGCUUUUGCUUAUAACAUAGUAUCUUCUUUUAAUGAUAAUGAUAACAAACGGUAUAGAAGUUAUCGCGGUAAGGAUUGUGUUGCAAAAUUUAUAGAGUUUCUUACUCAGGAUGUAAUUGAAAUAUAUAAAAUACUAACUAAAAACAACCCUAUGAUAUUUACUGAUAAAGAUGUUGAGGAUUUUAGAAAUGCAAUUAAGUGUCACAUAUGUGAAAACUUGCUGUGGUCUGACAGAGUUAGAGAUCACUGUCACAUCACUGGUAAGUACCGUGGCGCAGCUCAUCGACAUUGUAACCUACAGCAUAAAGUACCAAAAUUCAUACCAAUAUUUUUUCAUAACUUGUCAGGAUAUGAUUGCCAUUUAUUUGCACCAGUUUAG